GCGGGGGUAUGUUGCGGGGGUUAUGUCGCGGGGGAUAUUCAUACUGGUAUAUUAAAGGACAGACAGAUGUCAAGUUGGGUGAGACAGUGCUUCGGAAUGUCUUGAGAGGAAGCUGUCUGGCGCAGGAAAUUACGAUUGCUAAAAUUUUCUCCAGUACUGGUUCAGGCUUAUGGCACCUGACAAGGCGGUUUUUUAGAGUCACUUGUAUGUCCAAACAAUGGCAUCAACAAGUGCUAAAAAUCGCCAAGAUCAAAUUGGGUAAUACCAAAUGGUGACUCAGCUCAAAUAUGUGUCUUCCUGUAGGCUCAUGGUGAGUUAAAUCUGACAAUUAAGCAAACUGUCAACCUUCGGAUUUUUAAAGAUGCGUAUCCUUGUGAAUGAUCUAACCUGGAAUACGUGAGCAUAUUAGCUCGAACGUUCUGCCCGCAUUCAUUUUGGCCUUCCUCCCCGAAUAAACCACCAUAGCGCAGGGAAUUGUGGAGAGAAACGGCCGUAAUCGAUAUUGUGAAUGAAACAAUUGAAUCCAACCUAAACAGUUUAUGAAUGAAUAUCC